AUGUCCUUCAAGGAGGUGUUUCAAUUCAGCAUGUUCCGUAAGAGGAGCUGCGACGUUCUUCUAGGAGGCUCUGAACUUCGGCAAGAGAUAGCUAGGCUGGCAAUGCUGCACGCUGGGCUGGCGAACCACUCUGCGAUGGAGACCCAGGUUCAACCAGAAGUUUCGGCUCUUGUCCAGAUCGAGGCAGCGAUCUUGAGCCGUUACACACCCAAAGCAAUCGUUCGGCUGCUAGGCGUUCAAUGGCUUUCCGGCAUCGCUGCAGCGGACUCUGACGAUGGUGAAUACUACGAUUCAGACUAUGAUGAACGCCCGCAAGUGUUCGGAAGUGUUUUCAGCACUGUGGCGGAGGAUGGGUUUCAGCCUGUGGUCAACAAACGCUCCCAAUCCAAUGCACGUCCUCCUGGCUGGCCGCCAGCUCAUCUCAAAGCCUACCCACACGGCAUGCAGAAGCUUCGUGACGAACAUAAGAUGAAAAAAUUCAAGAGGAGGUGA